UACAAUUUCUUUCCAAUUUUCAUGUUCCCGAAAAUUUCCCGGAAAAUAUACUUUUUUCCAUUUCAGUCACAGGAUAAUACCUUCCGCUUCCUUCAAGACUUCCUCCUUUAACCUCAACGCUUCGUUUCGAGGGAAAGAGAACUGCUCCUCUAUCUCUCUUUUGUUUAUUUUUAAUUUUUAUUGAUGGAAAAAAAAUACUCUGUCUAGUAAGUUAAUCCUGAUAGAUUAGAUGAAUGAUAACCGUGCGCUUUUCGUGUUUUUGCCUUUUUACGCUAAGCAAGUCGUUCAAGGCUUGUACCAAUCGCCGUCGUUUCUAGGUCAUUUUAUAGCUAAAGUUUAGCUCGUGAGUGCUAGGGGUUUAUAGCUACAUUUGCAGUGAAAUGUGAACCGCUUGAUGCUCUAAUCAGACGAUUUCAAUAUCUGGGACUUGAGAGACUCUUCGUUUCCAGUGAAGCAUCAUAUCCAUGGCGGUUUAGUUCUCCGAGUCGACUCGCUGAUUCUACGUAGUUAUCGAUCUAUUUGACUUUUGUUCCCUUUAUUCGCUUCGGGAGAAUCAAAAAGUUCUUGCCUUCCUCUUGCUCUACUGCGCCAAAAAGUAGAUAUUCAUCCUCGAAGAUGAGAGCCUUUUCAAAGGGUAGAAUCGCCGCCGUUUUGGUUCUCCUCUUCUCCUUGAUUCUAUUAUCCAUGCCUCUUUAUUCGACAGGUACGAGUUACAUUGAAGGUAGAUCCACGGGAUCGAUCAAUUCAGUCUCCAAGGGAGGGAACUAUACACUAUUUUCUCCACAUCGAAAGCUUCUUAGGCGCUCAUUGGCAAUUGUGGAACCUGUUAGAAUAGCAGAAAAGUGUACGAAGGCCGAUAUUCUGAUAAUCCAGGGAGCCACACCUCCUCUUCCAAGCGGCAUACCUACCUACACUGUGGAGAUAAUGAACGCGUGCGCCAGUGGCUGUGAUAUCUCGGGUAUUCACCUUACCUGUGGCUGGUUCAGUUCUGCUAAUCCCAUCAAUCCCAAUAUCUUCAAGCGCCUUAGCUACAAUGAUUGCCUUGUUAACGAUGGCAAGCCCUUGGCAGUUGGUGGCACAAUUUCCUUCGUUUAUGCGAGUACUUACCUUUACCCGAUGUCCGUCUCCUCAGUUUUCUGUUAGUGAAAAUUACACUAUGAACAUGGAAUAAUAAAUAACACCGACGGUGGCUCAUGGUCAUGAGAGCCGCUGUCAAUUUAAGAUGUUUUUACCUAC